GUCAAAUUGAUCUGUAGAUUAACCCCAAUUUGGAGGAAUUAACAUUAAGCAGAGUGGACGACAUGGUAACAUUGCAGCAACAAUUUCCAGAAAACUUCUUCAGCAGAUGUAUAGUUGAGAUCAAAGGUGAUAAAUCGACAAAUAUUCCAGUUGGCAUCCUUCAAAGAUUGAAUAAUCUGGAAAAACUCAUACUGAGAGAAGGUUCGUACAAGGAAAUAUUCACAUGUGGAGAAGAUGAGAAACGUACGGAGACAUUGAUACAGAUAAAAAGUUUGAAGUUGAGGAGUCUUUCUGAUGUGAAAUACUUGUGGAGGAAUGACUUCAAACUGGACGCUAUUCUUCAAAAUCUUGAAGUUCUAGAAGUAAAUGGCUGUUACAGAAUGAUAAAUGUGCUUCCAUCCUCGACAUCUUUCGAAAAUUUAACAGUUUUGAAAGUAAGUACCUGCUUCGGAUUGAUGAACUUAGUCACGCCAUCAGUAGCAAAACAUUUGGUACAGUUGAGAGAAAUGGAAAUAAAAUUUUGCUCAAUGAUGAUAGAAAUAGUAUCGAAUGAGAAAGAUGUGGCAGUGGAAGAUGAAAUUGUUUUCAGCAAAUUGAAGUUGUUGUCACUAAUCGAUUUAAGCAAUCUCACAUGCUUCUCCCCUGGGAAAUACACAUUGAACUUCCCAUCUUUGAAAGAAUUAAUUGUGGAAGAUUGUCCCAAGAUGAAGUCUUUCUCUGGGGGAAUCUUAAACACACCAAGUUUAUUGAAAGUUCAACAAGAUGAGGAGGAUAAAGACGAAUGGUGUUGGGAAGGUGACCUUAAUACAACUAUACAACAUAUGUACAAAGAAGAGGUUAACUCCAAUUUGGAAAGGAUCACACUAAGUGGAGAGGACAUCGCGUCUAUAUGGCAAGAUCAAUUUCCGAAACAUCAGUUUUCCAAAGUGAAAGUUCUUGAGAUCAUUAAGGAUGAUUCAGCACACUUUCCAAUUGAAGUCCUUGAGGGGUUUAACAGUCUCCAAAAACUGAUAUUAAAAGUCUGUCCAUACAAAGAGAUUUUUUCAUGUGGAGAAGAUGAGAAAUGUGCUGGGAUGCUCACACAGAUAAAACAAUUGGAGCUAUGGGGACUUUUUAAUUUGAAGGACAGUUGGAAACAAGACUGUCAUCUGGACUCAAUUAUUCAAAAUCUUGAAAUGCUAUUUGUCAAUGAUUGCCACACUUUGAUUAAUCUACUGCCAUCUUCAGCAACCUAUGAAAGUCUAAAAAGACUAGAAGUAUGGGAGUGCGAUGGAUUGAUAAACUUGGUAUCAUCUUCAACAGCCAAAAGUCUUGUGCGACUCGAAGAAAUGGGAAUAAUCGGUUGUGGAAUGAUGACAGAAGUAGUAUCAAAUGAGGGAGAUACAGAAAAUGAUGAAAUUGUUUUCGACAAAUUGACGUCAUUGAGACUUGAAAAUUUAAAAAGUCUCACAAGUUUUUGCUCUGGGAGUUACACAUUCAAAUUCCCAUUUUUGGAAGUCUUAAAGGUGGUUAAAUGCCCCAAUAUGAACACAUUCUCUGGAGGAGUCUUAAGCACACCAAACUUAGACAAAAGAGAGCAUAUUUGGUAUGACGGUAAAAAAUGCUGGGAGGGUGACCUUAACACUACUAUACAACAUCUUUACAGUAAAGUGGUUGGUCAGAAAUUUCCAGGCAGCUCUUCCAAUAGUGCUUGAACAACAGAAGUGUGUCUGCCCAAAACACAAAGAAGGGGUUAAGUUAUGGAAAGAAUAAUCGCAAAAGACAUAAAAACUGCAGUUUCGGGUUUACCCACAAUUGACUGCCUUGCGAUGCUUGGUUCCAAUCUCCACCGUUCAGAAUGUAGAGUUGUGUCUCAUGAACAACAUAUCCAAAAAUCAGAACGAUCGGACGGCAAACGAACUCCAGAUCACGAUUUGAUGAUACACUGUUCACAGACUCAAAUCUCAUAUUUCUUCUCCGUUUCUCUUUGUUUUUGCCUCACUCUCUGGAUGAUGGCUGGCUAGAAAGGACAGCCACUGGAGGAGAACACUCACUCUCUCACGUUUUUGGCUGCUGGACAAUGAAGAAGAUGAAGAUAAGAUGGAGUUGUUUUGGGCCUAAUUUGUUGGACUACUCACCUCCAUAUGGGAGAGAAUGAGGUAAGCCCAACCCAACACCAGUUGCUACUGACGUUGUGCCACUAGAAGUGCCACUUCCCGGGCUUGCAA